AUGGUGAACCCAGGGAAGCGUAUGAACGUUUUGAAAGCCUUACUAAACCUACGGCAUGGCCCUGGCGCAGCGAUUCUGCCGCCCGAGGUCACGAGAAUACACAUGGACUUUGCUCUGAGAUGGAACGAGGGACACUUUGGCCCGAGGAAAUUCUGGAAACUAUGCCUUCCACGCCUGAAAUUCUGGAAUCCGUCAAUCCCCAUGUUAAUAAAUCGCCAUACCAACCAAUCCGGCCCGGCGACCAUGUCCAUCUACUUCCGACAGAGCGCCGCGACCGCCUCCAAGGCCGCCGCGUUACCCAUACAACGGCAGCCACACUCGAGUACGACCAACGAGACGCCCGCCCCGGCGCCUGAGGAGGGCGAGAAGGUGGUCACGAUUGAGAUGAAGAACCAGCACUCGGACGCUAUCCUGGCCGACUUCCUGCAGAAGACGGGCGCCACGCUGAUCCACCCCACAGCCGACGAGAGGUCCGAGAUGGUGCAGCUCGAGGAGCUGAGCGAGAGGGCGGUGGCCGACCGGGCCAUCAACAAGAGAUUCCUCGACGAGAAGAGGAGGGAGGAGCGCAUCAUGGCCCGCGCCAUGGAGGAGGCCGCGGCCAUCAAGAUGGCCAACCAGUAA